AUGGCUCGGGAAGGUUUGGAUCUUCACCUGCCCACUGAGUCCAGCUUUCUGCGAUGCUCUACAAUGUAUUCCGGUUUCCCUGACCUUUUCGUUCCAACAACAUCUGUUUCAGCGUUUCCUCGGACGUACGCAGAUGGACAGAGCGGUACAAGCAUACCAGAUAUCCACCUUGCUUCUACUCCUUGCGUAUCCGAUAGCCUUGUAGUGUAUGGGGAAGAGGGCUGCCUGAUCCAUGUGACGUCAACCGGGCCCAGUUGCAUCUCGGACGGAUAUUACAUGCGCAGGGCGCGUCGGUUACCCCUCCUAGGCCCAAGCGUGGCAGUUCCAGCUCUUGACGGGUGGAGCAUACAGUUUAACGCCUAUGGUAUGGAGGUAGUUCCUAUCUUGUUCGAAACUGACUGGGAACUGCCUGUAUCUCAAUUGAUGGAGCAUUUCACGAAGUACAUACUCUCGGGAUUUGCUCAUUGCAAGACGGCCAUUGGAAGACAGGAGUUUGUCAAAUACAUUAUUGAUAGAUAUACACCCCGACAGGAUGCAGAAACAGCAGUAUUGCAGCUUAUAUGCUGUGGCUAUGUUAUUAACCUGCUUCGAGCUCUGAUUUUGAUUUUCUCGGAGAACAUGACACGCAAACGACGCACCAUGCGUGGUACACUGAAUGAGUUUGAAUCAUGA